UAUCAGAGAGGCAGGGAGGUUGGGCGCCAUUUUGACAGAGGUGGGUUAGAGGCUGCGGAAUGCGGGAGGGUAAAACUGUAUUUCUUUAACAUAUUUUAGAUCUAUAAACGAGGCAGUUAUAAGAAAAGGCAAGACGAAUCCACUGCAGAUAAACGCCAGGCAGAGAAAGGGCCGGAGGAUGGCGGUCGACAGGCGAGAUGAGAAAGAUGGUGAACUCAACGUCCUGGACGAUAUCCUGACUGAGGCACCUGACCAGGACGACGAGUUGUACAACCCUGAAAGUGAGCAUGACAUCAACGAGAAAAAAGUUUUUAUUGCAGGAUCGAAACGGAAGAACGACCGGGGUGACAACAGCGAGAGCAAAAGGCUGCGCUCUUCUGGACACUCCACGAGGCAGACAGUCAAGAGGUCUUCGACGGCCACCGUCACCGGCGGCAAGAAGCCAGUGAACCCCAGGGGGCGCCACUCCUCAGACUACAAGGCUGAGGAGUAUCACUAUGACAGGAACAAGGAUUCAGGAGACAGGAGAAACCAUGUGGUGAGAGGAAGCAGCUCCAGGGACAUCCAUAAAGUUCACCACGACAAGUCCAUGGGCAGGAGGAGGGAGUCGGACAGACGGCCCAAGCCACUGAUGCCUGAAGUGUCAGAGCAGAAGUUGAGGCGCACCAGCGAGGGGAGUGUGGGCCGGUUGAGUCGCUCCUCCAAGGAAGAGGGCAACUCCGAGGACUACGGCUCGGAGCAGGAGACAGGCAGCUCGGGGGCGUCCUCUGAGGGGAACCACUCGGAGCUGGAGGAGGAGGGCAUGGAAGACGAGGAAGAGGAGGGAGAGAAGGACGCGGAGGAGGAGGAUGAAGAGGAGGAAGAAGAGGAGGAGGAGGAUGAGGAAGAAGGCGAGGAGCAGGAGGAGGAGGAGGAGGAGGAAUACGAGCUGGAAGAAGGGGACCAGCGGGAGGGCAACGAACAGAACGACUAUGACACCCGCAGCGAGGCCAGCGACUCCCAGUCUGAGUCUGUCUCCUUCUCCGAGGCAGAGUCCGUGCGCUCUGGCUCAGGGUCCGAGGCCUCAGAUAAGGACAAAAAAGAGAAGAGGCGGGCUAGAAGGAUUUCUCCAAUCGUUUUUGAUAGAAGUGGAAGCUCAGCUUCAGAAUCAUAUGCAGGGUCUGAGAAGAAACAUGAAAAACUUCCUUCCUCUGUUCGAGCUGUUCGUAAAGAUCAGACGAGUAAAUUGAAGUACAUCCUGCGGGAUGCAAGGUUUUUUCUUAUUAAAAGCAACAACCAUGAAAAUGUUUCACUAGCCAAAGCGAAGGGUGUGUGGUCCACACUUCCAGUCAAUGAGAAGAAGCUGAAUGCUGCAUUCAGAUCAGCCAGAAGUGUGAUCUUAAUCUUCUCAGUGAGAGAGAGUGGGAAAUUUCAAGGUUUUGCCAGGCUGUCAUCUGAAUCUCACCAUGGAGGGUCUCCCAUACACUGGGUUUUACCAGCCGGAAUGAAUGCUAAAAUGCUCGGAGGGGUGUUCAGAAUCGACUGGAUCUGCAGACGAGAGCUACCCUUUACAAAAACGGCACACCUCUCAAAUCCCUGGAAUGAACAUAAACCAGUGAAGAUAGGACGGGAUGGACAGGAAAUCGAGCCGGAAUGCGGAACCCAGCUGUGCCUGCUUUUUCCACCUGAUGAAAGUAUUGACUUGUAUCAGGUUAUUCAUAAAAUGCGUCACAAGAGGAGGAUGCACUCGCAGCCGCGCUCGAGAGGACGUCCUCCGCGUCGAGAGCCAGGCCGUGAUCUGGGAAGGCGUCGACUGGAGGAAUAUGACAUGCACAGCAGAAAAAGACCAAGGAUUGACUAUCCACCAGAAUUUCCACAGAGACCAGAUCCACUUUUAACAAGUAACUUCAUUCCUAACAGACGGUUUUCUGGAGUUCGACGGGAUGUGUUUCUCAAUGGGUCUUACAAUGAUUAUAUGAGGGAAUUUCACCAUAACAUUGGGCCACCUCCACCCUGGCAGGGAAUGGCACCUUAUCCUGGAAUGGAGCAGCCCCCUCAUCACCCUUACUACCAGCAUCACCCCCCUCCUCCUCAGACUCAUCCUCCUUACUCCGGACACCACCCGGUGCCGCACGAUGCCCGAUACAGAGAUAAACGCAUUCAUGACUACGACAUGAGGGUGGACGACUUCCUGCGGCGCACGCAGGCGGUGGUGAGCGGGCGCAGGAGCCGGCCCCGGGAGCGCGACCGCCAGCGGGAACGCGACCGGCCGCGGGACGCCCGGCGGGACAGGGAGCGCGAGCGCGGGCGCGAGCGGGAGCGCGAGCGCGAGAGGAUCCGGGACCGAGAGCGAGAGAAGGAGAGAGGGCGAUACCGAAGAUGAUGCCAUCGGCUGUGUUUUUUUUUUAAAAAAAGCUUCAUUGUAUUUGAAGUGCUCCUUUUAUAUAUAUAAAAAAAUCUUUUCCACAAAUUUUCAUGUUAUGUUUCAUAAGAACUGUGAAAGCCCCAUGUGUUUUAUGCAUGUAGUAUCACAAAACUGGAAUAAGACAAAUGCAGAUUUUGGAUUAAUUAUUGGGAAGGCAGAGGGAAUUUUGAAGUCGAGAUGGAAUUGGGAUUUUUUUCUCUUCUGGACACAUCUCCUUGUUCAUUGCCUCUACUGUUACCCUGUUUUGUAUCAGUCUUGAAUAGAAAGAAUAGCAGGUUCUGCUCUUGCCACAUGUCUGUAUUUGUAAUUGCACAUGGUUAAAUGAAGAUAUUGCUGCUAAAAAGUAUGCAGUUGUACUUUAACUGCCAGUGUUGUAGCAAGUACCCUUUUAUAGUCCUUUUACUUUUCAAGCCAUGCAUUUUCCAGUGUUGAGUGAUAAAAGCAAUAUUAAGAGAUUAUUCCCUUUUUUGUUUUUCAAAAAAGAAACCUUUAAUCAGUGCUAUAUGGCUUCACAUUUUGAAACUAUUUGUACAGUGACUUGCAAUGUACACAACUAGAUUGUGGUUAACUUGUAUCUUUCAGUGAUACUUUUUGUAAAAAAUAAAUGUUCCCCUGAGGUUUUUGUAAAGGUUGUACAGGGUGGUAUUUGGUCAAAGCAAGAACAGAUACCAUUGCUUCAAUAAACUGUCUUGUCACUGCUUUUUA